AUGAAUAUAGCAAAAAUACUUGUAUGGAAACUAUUCUUUUAUUUGGGUCGCAUUUGGUCGUGGAAGCUUCAAAAUUGUCAUCUCGGAGUCCUUCAUUCUCCUUCCAGAGGCAACUUGUAUACGCUGUUUGCUAAGAAGAAGGCUGGACGCGUGCUCAUAACUCUGGAAUGCACAGAGGCUCGUAAAUUGGGGAAACCUCCUUCGCGCUACUAUACAACCAAAAACAAGAUCAACACACCCCAAAGAUUAGAGCUUAUGAAGUACAAUAAGUACCUGAAAAGACAUACCUUACACAAGGAAAUUCGCUAG